AUGGAAUUACAGUCAAAACCAGUGACAGAAUCAACUGAUUGGUUAAAUUUCUCUAUAGAGAGAUUUAUGGAGAUAGUUGAUUCGCCAGAGGGUCUUGAAAAGCUGUCUAACGCAAUUUCUAAUGCAAUGGCUCCAAAUUAUUUCAAAUUAAAUUCAAUUGGAAGUAAUCCAAUUAUCAGCCACAUUUCAACACUCAAGAUGAAAGAAGCUGAUGAUAUCCGUAUUGCAGUUCCAAUAACAUUAGAUAUUGGUCCCUCUUUCGAUGUCGGAUUUAAUUGCAAAAAUUUGAUUUUGAAAAUCGAUGUUAUCAAACUGAAAACAACAUUACUUCUCACAUGGCUUGGAAAUAGUGAUACUUGCAUCGAACUUACGUUUGUUGAUGGUUUUGACAUUGAUUUUUACUUAUCUGUCAAAUUAUUCCAUUUCUUAACUUUCACUUUAUCAGAAAUACCGAUUCUUGGAGCAAUCAUUAAAGCUCUUGGAACAUUAUUCAUCCAAAGACAAGUUAUCAAGAUUAAUCUUCCAAAACCAGUUACUCGCGAAUCCUUACAACAGUUUUACUGA